GAUCGGGUCGGAUAUCACGAGAUCCCCGCAUCCACCACCUUCCGCACUGCCCUUUCCCUCUCUCAGCCGUCGUCAGUCGUCACUCACUCACUCACUUUCUCUCGUCUUUCCCUCUGUGUAUUUCCAGCCUAUAUAUAUCCUCUUCAUAUUUCCAAAAUGCUUUCUCAAUCUCAAUCUCAAUCCUAUUUCCUCUCUCAAUCCCCGAAAUUCUUUCCCUCCCACUCCCUCCACUUCUCUGCAAACACCGCCACCGCCACUACACUCUCUUUUCCAGCCCUCAAACUUCACUCUCCUCUCUCUCUUCAAAUCCACCCUAAGUUCGCUUCUACAAUGACCUCAAAUUCAAAAUUUUCUGAUCACUCCGAUACUCUUCAGUCACUACUCUCCGACGCCGACCUCGACCGCUUCGCUCAUGUCGCCAACAAGCUUGCUGAUGCCUCUGGUGAAGUCAUUCGCAAGUACUUCCGAAAGAAAUUUGAAAUUCUUGAUAAGGAGGAUUCGAGUCCUGUAACAAUUGCGGAUAAAGCAGCAGAGGAAUCUAUGGUCUCAAUUAUAUUGGAGAAUUUUCCAUCUCAUGCAAUUUAUGGUGAGGAGAAUGGUUGGAGGUGUAAAGAGAAGUUCUCUGACUAUGUUUGGGUUUUAGAUCCAAUAGAUGGGACAAAGAGUUUUAUUACUGGUAAGCCCUUGUUUGGUACACUCAUUGCUCUGCUACAUAGGGGCAAACCAAUUGUUGGCAUAAUUGAUCAACCUAUACUGAGGGAAAGAUGGAUUGGGAUAAGUGGAAGGAGGACAACACUGAAUGGGGAGGAAUUGUCUACACGGACUUGUGCAAAACUGUCACAGGCAUAUUUGUACACCACCAGCCCACAUCUAUUCAGUGGGGAUGCUGAAGAGGCAUUUGCUCGUGUCAGAAGUAAGGUGAAAGUGCCAUUAUAUGGCUGUGACUGUUAUGCCUAUGCCCUUUUGGCUUCGGGAUAUGUGGAUCUUGUCAUUGAGUCUGGUCUCAAGCCAUACGAUUUCCUUUCCCUUGUACCCGUGAUAGAGGGUGCUGGAGGUAUCAUAACUGAUUGGAAAGGACAUCAUCUUCAUUGGGAUGCUUCUCCAGAUUCUCGUGCAACAAGUUUCAACGUGGUGGCAGCUGGGGACAAACAGAUUCACCAACAAGCACUAGAUUCAUUACAAUGGCAUUGAAGAUUUCCACAGAAUUGUGCAGCCCUCCUCUCCCCUAUUGCUUGGGGAUAAUUGGUGGGACUAUGUGCUCUGAAUUGUAAAAUUUCUACAUUUUGUUAUUUAGUUUAGUGCAAUCUAGGGUAGGUAGAUGACCUGUAGAAAUGAACAAAGUGGCAGCAAGAGUUAAAUAAAUUGACUUCACAAAA